UCAUCUACUUUUAACUUUGCUCAGUUUUUAUCAUGUUUUUAUCUUAUUACAAAUUGAUGUUAUUUUAUAUUUUUGUACAAAUAAAUAAAAAUGUACUAUUAUUAUUAAGCAACAUUUAAAUAUAGAAAAUUAUCCGUAGUAUUUAAGUAAAUUAAGCUUUCUUGGUUGAUCACUUACAACUUGUAAGUUACAAGUGUACAUCAUGUAAUUUAUAGGACACGGAUUCAAACCAGGCUGUCUAAUUCCUAUUAAAUACUUUUACAAAUGUGCGUGUUAAUUAGUCCUCUAUGACUCACAACAAUUAUUUUGCUUAUCGCACACAAUAAUCCAAAUUAAAAUUCUCGACAUUUGGUGCAAUACCCUUAUCUUAAUUUAAUUAUCGAGAGCAAACAUGCAUAUGUAAUGUAUAUACCAACUCUCACUUUAUCAGUUAUGUAGUCAAUAAACCAAAACGUUUACAUACAGCUCUGCAUGCACUUGUUAUUCUGUAUUCAACGCAAUUUAAUCAUCCUUGUAAUUACAAAUAACUUGAUUAUUUUACUACAUCAAUCGUAAAUUUCCUCCCCAUUUCCUAAAUUAUGGGAUCAUCUGAAAGCAAGACGUCAGAAACCUCUGCUAAUAUAAGCAGUGGGCCCAGCAAUCGAGGGGCUGAGGUCACUUCGACCGUCCCAAUUGCCAAGGAAGAGCAUAUCACUUGGAAAAUAGAAAAUAUCGCCACCAUGAUCAAUUUGGCUAAAGAUUCUUCCGAGUUUAGAUCAAUGGCUGAGAAAAGCUACACAAACUUCGAAUUUGAAAUCGAACCCGAAAAUGGAAUUGGCUGGACAGCGUGGCGACUUUGUUUCAGUGUCCAAACGCCUAGUCACCCUGUUCAGAGGCCGGAAUAUUUUAGUCUCUUGUUAGAAAAACAAGAGGAAAAUGGUAAAGAAAAGGUUGGCAGCAAAAAAUGGUUCGACGGAGGUGUCCUGGUCAAAAUGGAAUUGCUAAAAGAUACGAAACUAACUACCAAGACUGUUAAACAAGGCGAUCCUUUCGCCAUAAUUAAGGACAAAGAUCCUUUGAUAAAAAAUAUGACCCACGACGUAAACAGUUUUAUGGGAUGGGAAAACUUCCUGUCGAUCGACACUUUGUAUGAUUCUCACUCCAACGGAAAUGCGCCCCCUGAGUCCAGCGUGGUUAGAAAAACGAGCUCAAUCACUAUCUCACUCAAGAUAACGUUCCAGUAUUUACAAGUAACAACCACUUCUCGCCAACUGUCUUCUUACGAAGCGUUAAAUCACGAGUGCACCCAAGAUUUUCGAAAAUUUAUGCAAACUUUAUUCGAACAAAAUGUCAAAGUAAGAAGUAGUUCCCCAUCGGCCUCAGAACUUGCAGAUUCUGGUAGCGCAGUUUUGCGAAUUUCCGGAAAGUAUAUUCUCGUCCAGAAAUGUUUUCUGAUUACUCGAAGUCCCGUUUUCAAAGCAAUGUUUGAAGCCAGUAUGAAACAAAGUGGGUCCAACGUUGUGGAAAUUGAUGACAUCGACUAUCGUGUAAUGCUAUCCGUUUUGGAGUACAUUUACACUGGGAAUCUACCAAUUUCUGGGAAAAGUCAAGAGGCUUGGAAGAAAUUUCCAUCAGACGUUGUGAAGGCAUCGGACAGGUACGAACUGCCUUUGCUAAAACGAUUCUGUGAAGAGAAUUUGGCACAAGUUUGCACGAAAGAGAACGCCAAAGACUUGUACGAUUUGGCGAGACGUUACAAGUUUGAAAACGCUAAAAAACAAAUCUGGGACUUGAUUCGGGAAAUGGACCCGGAUGGUAUCCUGUAAACUUGACUAGAAAUUUGUGGUUAUAUAGAUUAUCGCUGUAGUCAAAUUUUUAGCCCUAGCCGGAGCUCUGUGAUGUCCGUCUUCGCGAUAAAUAUCUUUAAACCUAUCUGAUCGGGUUGAAUGAAAUGUAAUUAAAUUAAUUCUUAUUGUACUAUUUUUGGUCGUGCAUAGCUGGGCAAAUUUGUGGCUGGAUGUAUGAUAAGGAUUUUCAUUGUACAAGACAACUGUUUAAAAUUAUUUGGAAAUUUUUAUUCAGAAAAUCCAUCCUUUUUUUACUCGAUCUGUGUUUAUUAUAUUUGAUAAUCAGCAGCGCAGGUUCACAUUUUAUAUAAAUUUUACAUACCACCACAUUUAUGACUUAUAUACAUACAUUUCUCUAUUCUAGUUGUAACUUUAUAAGCGACUUGUAAGUAACCUAACUUUUAUUCGUAAAUUUAUUUUUAUUGCGUCACAAACUUUCGAGUGAAUGCAAAAUUAGUAGAAAAUUCAAUUCGGAUGUUUAUGCAAAAAUUAUUUGCGACCUGGUACAAAAUACAGAAAUGUUUACAAUCGACUAGAGUAACUUGGUUUUCAUUCGUAAUCUUUGUAAACUUGUCUAUUAAAUUUAGUUGUAAACUUUCCAGUGAAUUACUAAAUAAUUUUGCAGUUAGAAAAUUCACUCGGUAUAUAAAUUUGUGUAAAAUUAUUUGCAAACUGGUACAAAA